GGAGGGAGGGGCAUUUUGGAGAAAACGAGGGCAAUCCGAUAGAAAAAAAGGGUUUUAUUUCAUUUUUUUUUCCUUUUUCUUUCUUAUUCAGUUCCGUUUUGUGUUGUGUGCUGAAUCGAAUCAAAAUCAAAUCUUGUUGGGUUUUUUUAGUAAAAAAGAGAGAGAGAGAGAGAGAGAUUUGAAAAGAGUAAAGGAGUGAUGGCUCGGAGAGCGGAGGAAGAGUACGAUUAUCUGUUCAAGGUGGUACUGAUCGGCGAUUCUGGUGUUGGAAAAUCGAAUCUUCUCUCCCGAUUCACUCGCAACGAGUUUUGCUUGGAGUCCAAAUCCACCAUUGGCGUGGAAUUCGCCACUCGUACCCUUCAGGUGGAGGGAAGAACUGUGAAAGCUCAAAUAUGGGAUACGGCUGGACAGGAACGAUACAGAGCAAUUACCAGUGCCUACUACCGUGGUGCUCUUGGAGCUCUUCUGGUCUACGACGUCACAAAACCAACCACAUUCGAAAAUGUGAGCCGGUGGCUGAAGGAGCUCAGGGAUCAUGCUGAUGCCAACAUUGUGAUCAUGCUGAUUGGGAACAAGACAGAUCUUAAGCAUCUCAGAGCUGUUGCCACUGAGGAUGCACAGGGUUAUGCUGAGAAAGAAGGCCUCUCUUUCAUUGAGACAUCUGCCCUUGAAGCAACCAAUGUUGAGAAGGCUUUCCAGACAAUUCUUGGAGAGAUAUACCGCAUAAUCAGUAAGAAAUCACUCUCUUCCAAUGAGCCUGCAUCUUCCAAUAUUAAAGAAGGCAAGACUAUCAAUGUUGGGGGACCCGAACCCAAUACAAAGAAGCCUUGCUGUACAUCAUCUUGAAACUUAAUUUGUAAUUUCUAUUCAUUUUCCUACUUCCUCACUAUCAAGCACAUUGUUUUCCUUGUUUUCUUUAUCAUUCUUUUUUAACUUAUUUUGGCAUGUUAUCUGGAUGGAUUUAUAAUGAUUUCUUAUGCUUGUGCGUGCUGAUUAAUGAGUAUUAUCCCAGUUUUUAA